AUGAGAAACGAGAAUGUUUUCUUCGUCGUCUUGCUCAUCUUCUUGGUGGAACUCAGCAAAGGACAGAACAACAACAGAAGAACCGAAGUCAAUGUCGGUGUUGUAACCGAUGUCGGGACUACAUACUCGGAUGUUGCCAUGCUCUGCAUCAACAUGUCUCUCGCCGAUUUCUAUUCUUCUCGUCCUCAAUUUCGGACAAGGCUUUUCGUCAAUGUCGGUGACUCCAGAAACGACGUCGUAGGUGCUGCAGCUGCAGCUCUUGAGUUGAUAAAGAACAAGCAAGUGAAAGCAAUUUUGGGGCCAUGGACAUCAAUGCAAGCUCAUUUCUUGAUAGAGAUUGGCCAGAAAUCUCGGGUUCCUGUUGUUUCCUACUCUGCAACAAGCCCAUUUCUUACUUCUCUUCGGAGUCCAUACUUCUUUCGAGCUACAUACGAAGACUCCUCUCAAGUGCAUGCCAUAGGAGCUAUCAUCAAGUUAUUUGGGUGGAGAGAAGUUGUGCCUGUUUACAUCGACAACACCUUUGGAGAAGGUAUAAUGCCUCGUCUAACUGAUGCAUUGCAAGAGAUCAACGUUCGAAUACCUUAUCGAUCUGUUAUCGCUCUCAAUGCCACAGACGAUGAAAUCUCUGUGGAGCUUCUUAAGAUGAUGACCAUGCCCACAAGAAUCUUUAUUGUUCACAUGUACUCUGUUCUUGCCUCAAGAGUCUUCAUGAAAGCUAAGGAGAUUGGUUUGAUGAAACCAGGAUAUGUAUGGAUCCUUACCAAUGGAGUUACUGAUGACUUCAGUUCGAUUAAUGAGAUGGGUAUCGAGGCUAUGGAAGGGGUAUUGGGUGUUAAAACUUAUAUUCGGAAAUCCAAAGAUCUAGACAAGUUUAGAGCUCGAUGGAGGAAGAAAUUCCCACAGAUGGAGCUGAGCGUCUACGGUCUGUGGGCUUAUGAUGCUAUCACCGCAUUGGCGAUAGCCAUUGAAGAAGCUGGAACAAAUAACUUGACUUUCAGUAAUGCUGAUCURGGGAKGAAUGUGUCUGAACUUGRAGCUCUUGGUWUAUCUSAAUAYGGUCCSAAGCUUCUCCAAACACUYUCACGCGUUCAGUUCAAAGGACUUGCUGGAGAUUUCCGCUUUGUCAAAGGGCAACUGCAGCCAUCGGUGUUUGAGAUUGAAAAUGUAGUCGGAACCAGAGAAAGGUCAAUCGGAUUCUGGACGGAAGAAAAUGGUCUUAUGAAGAAAUUAGACCAAGAACCGCAAAGCAUGGGAGCUUUAUCAACUUGGCAAGAUCAUCUUAAGAAUAUUAUAUGGCCUGGAGAGGCUAAUUCUGUUCCCAAAGGAUGGGAGAUCCCAACGAACGGGAAGAAGCUACGCAUUGGAGUUCCAAAGAGAUUUGGUUACACCGAUCUUGUAAAGGCUGUAACCCAAGCAAUGCUUUAUGAUGUCUCCUACGAAUUCUUUCCUUUGGAGAAAUCUAAUGGCGAACCAGCAGGGGAUCACAACGACCUGAUCUACCAAGUUUAUCUUGGGAAAUAUGACGCAGUUGUGGGAGAUACGACUAUACUGGCAAAUAGGUCCUCUUACGUCGACUUCACAUUUCCGUUCAUUAAAUCAGGUGUGGGAUUGAUCGUCCCAAUGACAGAGGCAGUGAAGAGAGACAGUAUCAGUUUCUUGAAACCUUUGUCAUGGAAACUAUGGUUGACUUCCUUUGCCUCCUUCUUCCUUAUUGGCUGUACGGUUUGGGUUCUUGAGCAUAGGGUUAAUCCGGACUUCCGUGGACCGCCUAAUUUCCAAGCUAGUACCAUCUUCUGGUUCGCCUUCUCUACCAUGGUUUUUGCUCCAAGAGAAAGAGUGUUCAGCUUUGGAGCUAGGGUUCUGGUUAUCACAUGGUAUUUCAUCGUUCUCGUGUUGACUCAAAGUUACACAGCCAGUUUGGCGUCGCUUUUGACAUCACAGCAACUUAAUCCAACCAUAACCAGUAUGAGUAGCUUGCUUGAGAAAGGAGAAACAGUGGGUUAUCAGAGAACAUCCUUCAUCCUCGGAAAGCUUAAAGAAACAGGUUUCUCGCAAUCUAGCCUUGUGCCCUUUGAUACCGCUGAAGAAUGCGAUGAUCUUCUGAGAAAAGGACCAAAAAAUGGCGGUAUCUCUGCAGCUUUCUUGGAAAUACCUUACUUGAGACUUUUUCUUGGACAAUAUUGCAACACUUAUAAAAUGGUCGAAGAACCCUUCAACGUCGAUGGAUUCGGCUUUGUUUUUCCGAUCGGAUCACCUUUGGUUGCUGAUGUUUCACGGGCCAUAUUAAAAGUAGCAGAGUCGCCAAAGGCAAUGGAACUUGAGCGUGCGUGGUUCAAGAAGAAAGAAGAAAGUUGUCCAGACCCAGUCACCAAUCCAGAUCCUAAUCCAUCUCUUACGUCUAGGCAGCUCACUGUAGACAAUUUCAGCCUUCUGUUUUUUGUAGUUUAUGUUGUGUGCAUUCUAACACUUGGCAAAUUCAUACUCUGUCUCCUACUGAACCGCAAAGGAAAUAAUUUUUGGAGAGAGUUUCAACAACCAGACAACGAUUCAUACAUCAAUAAAGUAGAGAAAUGCCCGUGUUCGUCAAGUCAAGCAACAAACCAGAGAAACAGGGUACCAUUGAGAAACUAUUUUGUUUGA